CGCGUUGCCGUGAAACCACAGACGCCGGCGGAGGUGUCAACCUAACCCAGAUUACUGAAGGACGGCGCGGAGAGCCAAUGACCGUAGAGCCCAUACAAGAGACUCCAAAUCCUGCUGUCAGGGGAGGAUUUAGUGCAAUCCCGAACACAGAGUGGUUGCAUCUGAGAAAGUGAGUGAUGCUCAGACAGGAUCCAGACACUUAUGGAAAAAAAUCACCCGAUGUGUCAUGCAAUUAUGCAAAACUAGAAACUUUAAUCCUGAUCUGAAACUGGAUAUGGACGCUAUCGACUUCGGUCCGUUCUAGUCUGCUCUAAAGUUCACGGCGACUAGUUAAACGCGCGGAUAAUCUCUCCUCUUUGGACGAAACAUGACUUUCACUAAAUGGAGGGUCUAAUGAUGGAGGGACGUAGUCGGGUCACCGCGUGCGUGCUGCUGAUGUUCGUCUCCAUGGUGAUCGCUGAUUCACCUGCUGCAGUCUGGCCUUUGGAGGCUCCAAACCUGCCAAAUGAGUCUUCAGUGGAAGUGCUACAUAAUGCAUUCUCCGCCUUGUCUGGAUUUUCUCUUUCACCUAGUUCGGAUCCAUCCAAAGCCACAGAGAAUUACAAUCACAAUGCUAACACUGGAUCGGUAUUCGCUUACUCCCUGAACUCUGCCACAAGCCCAGAGCCUCUUGCCACUCCUCCUUUACUUUCCUUAAAGUCUGGAGAAGGAGUUAGAUAUACCCCCAGAGGUUCCUCCAGACAGCCUCGACAAAUAAAUUCUCCAGUGCCUACCUCCCAUAAUGUGCCCUUAUCUUGGUCUGCUAUCAGCCCAGCUCCUCAAAUACCACAGACUACAGGUUCAUCUGUGCCGUCUAGCUUGCCUUCAGUUGGAGAAGAUUCACCUGACGAGCCUCCUGUUCCUUCCCCUCAAACGCAGUAUGGGACUGUGAGUGUCAGUGACUCUGAGGUUCCUUUUGGAGACAGAUUGGAACCAUCUAGCAGAAUCCAAGACCUCCAGUUACAAACCAGCCAUGACCCCAACACCCAGCUAGGCUAUCAGCAGUUGGAGCCAAGUCAUGUGGUUUUUGUACACCAUCAAAUGACUUCAGCGUCUGUCGAGCCAACUAUGGGCCCACCCGAAGACCUUUUCCCAACCAACACUAUGGAUGUGGAGUAUGGCUCUGGAGAUUACCUAGAAACAAUGUCCUUCAUGGGAUCUGAAAGCAAUGACUAUUCACUGGUUAGCAAUCUAGUCACUGAUGUGUAUGACUUUGAGGACUCGAAUUCAGAGACCUAUGACACCACGUUCCCCUCAAGAAUGGUGAUGUCAUUUUCCAGCAAAAACUUGUAUCCCUCUUCUACCAGUGUUACUAAUUCUUUCUCCAGCAAACCUGUUGAAAGUUCCAUGUUCAAUAGCAGUUCAACCUCGAAUGGAGCCACCACUGACUUGACCAAACACGUUACAACCUUUCAGAGUUUUACAACCGUUGUGCCCUUUACCAUGUCAAUACCUCCAGUUUACUCCAGUAUUUUGACAUCAGACGUUGGCCACACCAUUUCAACCAUCCAGCCAACCAGAGUCCAUUCUUUACCCAUUCUCCCGACAACUUCAGAUGUCUUAAACCAGAACCAGUCUGUCAACGAGAGCUCAGAGUUGGCAUCUGACUGGCCAGGCACUGUUACAGUCCAACCCACCGAUGUUCUUUUACCAGACAUGAACAGUUUAGAGUACUACACCAUCCAGUUGACCAAGGACAAUGGUAGCUUGCCAGAGCCCACUGCCAAUCAGACGACCUCUAGUGUUUUUUCUUUCGUUCCGGUUGGCACCACACAUAUUGUGAGCACUAAAACCUACACCAUUGACCCAAGUUACAUGCUAACAACUUUGUUUGAUGAAGCAGAUCUACAGCCUACAGGUAACAGUUCCUGGACUGAGGAAUCCUCAACAGAUAUCUCUGGAUUUGAACCUUUUAACACCACUAUCUUGGAUCCCUCUGAAGUUGGACCAAGUUUAACAGAUACCACACUGCCAUAUUUGGAGCCGUCGUUUACACCAACAAUAGACCCUUCAACUUCAUUGGGAGAUAUAAACUCGACCACUGAUUGGGCUACCACACCUUUUAUACCAUACAACACUUCCUUACUGGUGACUACCCCACCUCCAGUGACCAAGGAAACAGAUGGCUUGUCUUCUGUUAAUGACAGCCAAUGGAUUAUCACCUCACUUCCAACAGAGACCCUCUUUCCUAGUAGUGUACUUCCCACUGUUUUAGUAACCAGCUUCAUCAGUGUUUCUGAAAACCCAACUGACUCAACCUUCAACAUCACCUCCAUCCCUCCUGCAACGGUGAUGGCUGAUGAAGGAUACGUGUCUGGAACAACACCUGACACCAUGGUUACUGAUAGUGAUAACACAACACUGAUCGGUAGCCUUAUAACCACGUCCUCCCCAGUAUUACAUAAUGACACUACUGUGGCACCUUUCACUAUCUCAAGCUCCAACAACACAACCCUGAACGACACAUCAGUUACAACCCAAUCCACAACCCUCCCAACAACCACUGCCCGGAAAUAUCUCUGCAACAUUACUAAACCUGACACCUACUUGAUCAGAGUUGGGUUUCCUCCAGGGUCCACUGCUGGAUAUGCCAAGGCCAAAGUCAGAGAGAUUCUCAAAGCAGAAUAUAACCGCUCUGUGGAGCUACAGGUAGUGAAAGCUCCUCCAGACUUCGUGUUUCGUGCCGUGUCUGGUGCAGUGGUUUAUACUGCCAUAUCAGUCAUUAAUGCCCUGAAAACCUCUGCUCGGACCACCAGCUCCUUUAUCAGCGUGUCACCCAUCAGUCCUGUACCAGGCCUGCAGUACCAUGUUCAUACAGUUCUUCAGUUUGUACCCAGCCAUGUAGAUGUGCGAAUGUGUACCUUCAGUGAGCAGGCAGAGAAGGGUCUGAUCACAGCUUUAUCUGAAGUCCGCCGACGGUCACAAGAGUCCACAAACUUCACUGUGAAUAUUUUAAACAUCACCACGAGUUCUGUGGAAGUGGCGGCACAACAGCAGAAGGUUCCAGUGGAGAUCACCUUUGCUGUGCGUGAUAUGCGCGGGUAUGUGCCAGGGACAGAGGUGAGCACCCAGCUUCGACAGCUCAGCGUUGUCGAGUACAGCUACUACCUGGGCUACCCUGUACGGCAGAUCGCAGAACCUUUCCACUAUCCAGAGCUGAACACGACCCAACUGCUUCGUUCCUCAUGGGUUAGAACAGUGUUGUUGGGAGUGUUGGACCAGAGUGCGAGUGACAAGAUCUUCAAGGCUACGAUUGAGAGGAGACUGGCUCAGUUGCUCGGCGAUGCACUGGGUAUGGGCCGUCGCUUUAGAAGAGCAACUAGUGUGGGAAACAACAGCAUGCAGAUUGUACAGACCACUCGUCUUGUGGGCCCUGACAACCCUGUGGAGAUUAUCUACUUUGUUGAAGGAGCUAACGGACAGAGACUUCCCGCCGCAACCACAGCCAGCAUGCUCAACAGUCUUGAUGUGCAGCAUGCAGCGAUCAUCAUGGGAUUCCGCGUCCAGGGAAUAUUAGCACAGCCUGUGGAAAAACAGGCCUCGCCUCCCUCAGACGCAGAGAAGACCAACACGUGGAUAAUCGUAGGGGUGGUGGUCCCCGUGGUGGUGGUCAUCAUUAUAAUAACUAUCCUGUACUGGAAACUGUGCCGCACUGACAAACUGGAAUUCCAGCCAGACACCAUGAGCACCGUCCAACAAAGACAGAAGCUGCAGGCACCCAGCGUGAAGGGUUUCGAUUUUGCCAAGCUCCACAUGGGUCAGCACAGUAAGGAUGAUCUCAUGGUCAUCCAGGAGCCUUUGCCACUUCCUGUGGUCACCAAGGAACAGAGCCCAGCUGAGAACGCAGAGGUGCCCACACCAAAGUCCAAAGCCUCCUCCAAAGCUUCCCGCAAUGGCCAGCGGCGCAGGGGCCAGAUUUCUCCAUCAGAGGGUGACUCCAUUGGUAGCGACCCACCCAGCGACAGAGGAUCACCUGAGGAGGGCAUGAGAACCUCUGGUCUGCCUACCGAUCCUAAGCAACCACGUAAAAUAGCUGCUAAUGGAUUAAACGGUCCACCCCCAAUGAAUGGCAUGGAUGAGCCUUUAUCUUCAGCUUCCAUUUUUGAGCAUGUGGACCGAAUGUCCCGCCCAACAGACGGCCCUAAACGCCCCCCUAAUAAAAUCCAGCUCAUCGCCAUGCAGCCGAUGCCAGCCCUGCCCUUACCCAGCCCUACAGCCAAUAACAGAGCUACAGAGAACGCCAAGCUCAACAAAGAGAUCCAGGUGGCUUUAAGGCACAAGUCUGAAAUCGAGCACCAUCGCAAUAAGAUCCGCCUGAGGGCCAAAAGGAAAGGCCAUUAUGACUUCCCCGCUAUGGAUGAUCUCAUCGAUGGUCUAGGCGACCCCAAAGAACAGGACCGAAUCUACCAGAAGGCCCAGAUGCAGAUUGACAAGAUACUUGAUCCAGAUAUUCACAUGCCCUCACUGUACACCGAACCCAAGAAAAGCAACAGAGGGAAGCGUUCUCCUAAACAGAGAAGGAAACAACAGCUGAACGGUGAUCUGACAGAUGCUGACCGAGAUAGACUCAUAACGACAGACAGUGAUGGGACAUACAGGAAAUACCCAGGAGUCAAUAACAUUGCAUAUGUGUCGGACCCAGACCAGGGUCCCGAGCAUCAUAGCCCGUCCCCGACGGAUGAUGUGUUCCAUGGUCCGAUUUCUCCUCCUCCUGGCCACCCUCCUCCACCACCACCAUACCUGCCCCCUCAGCCGUCUAUAGAGGAGGCCCGGCAGCAAAUGCACUCUCUACUGGACGAUGCCUUUGCCCUUGUAUCUCCUUCUUCUCAGGGCAGCACAGCUGGCAUCACUCUGCCUGGGGUCGGGCUUAACCCUGGACCCCCACCUGCCUCCAGCCCGCCAUCCCGUGGCCCGCGGCCCUGGGGCCCAGGAUACCUGCCCUUGAAUCCUUACACAGGGAGAUAUGCUGAAUUAGGUCUGCCAACUUCCAGCGUGCAAGGUUUACUACAUCGACAGGGUUUAGGGUCCGGCUACAUCCCGUCAGGAGAGGCCCUUCCUGUUGACCAGCUACAGCCGGAGUCGCUUUACGCUGGUCGAGGGGGAAACAUAGAUGAACUACCCUCCUCUGCCAGGCCACGGCCUGUAGGUGGGACAACAGGUGCCCAGCUACAUCAUUUAACCCACGUUGGUCUGACAGGUCGUGUAGGUGACAGGCUGCAGCCUGGUGGGUUAAACUGGAGCCCGUAUCAUGAGGAUGACAACAAGCUCGCUAAUAACAGAGAGCCUGUUCUUGGCUCUCUUGACUACACCUCCAUCUCUGUAUUCCAGACCUCCAGGAACGGCCUGAAGGAGCCAUCUGCUGCUCCUGCCCACCUGGACUCCCUCGGCCUGGGCUACGCUCCCUCCGCUCCCCUGGAGGAGCCUUCCCCUCCCAACCACUCUUCCGCCUCGCUCAUCAAAGCCAUUCGAGAGGAACUGAUGCGCCUCUCCCAGAAACAGGCAGCGGUACCCAGCUAUCACAGCUGAGACCUGCCCCCUCCAGCUCCAUCAGGCAAAAACUGCACUACACUGCACUGUACUUCCCAUGGAAGUGGCUUUUUUGAGAGGAGGAUGACUGUACGUCAUGUAGCCUCUGCUGCCACCCGGUGGCAGAGAGCAUUAGGACAGGAAGAGUACACGAUUAUCCUUUAUUCCCAUGUUCCUGUUUAGCUCCCCCUCGUUGUUCAAAACAUAAGCAGCGUUCUGAGACUGAAGAACAAUGUUUUUUUACCCUCUUUACAGGCGACUUUAUAAUUUGGUAGCAAGUGCUCUAUACAGACCGGGAUAACAAAGCUAAAAUAUGGCUGCCACACAUUCCUGUGGUCUUCUGUUAGAGGUGUGCGUGUGUUUUUCACAUUGUGUUGUUUCUUUGCUGUGUACACUGCCUUCACAUUUCAAUCAUUUUAUAUCUUGCACUGGCUCUUGUAGAUUCUCAUCACUGAAAACUGCUUUUGAUACCUACAAAACGUUUUUGUUUUGUUUUUUUCAUUUUUUUGUUACGUUUUAUUUCUCAGUGCAUCUUCUUCCCAUUCACUCAUGGUUAUGAUACUUUUAUCUCUGUUUAAUAGCCAUCAAGCAUUUGCCUUCAUAAUAAUAAGCCAGUAUUGAGCCCUACGCAGUAUUGUCUUAUACUUUAGGGUCCAGUAAUAGUAUUAGAAGUAGUGAUGUUUUCCAACUUCUUAUGCCUUCAUUUGGUUUGGCAUCUACAGGAGAGCUGGACGUACUGUGUACAGCUGUUAUGUCUGGUGCAUUGGAGGAAACUGUGGUAACAUUAAAGAAAUGUUCCAGGUUCAGUACAACUUGACAUAUUGUAAACAAAUUGUAAAAUGUGUUUUCAGUAAUGUACUUACAAUACAAUAAUGGAUUGGUGGUGAAUGAAGGAUUCCAAGUUGCCUGCAAGUUGAUUGGCUGAUUUAAACGUAAAUAAAUAAAAAAGUUAAACACUUUUAAUUAAAUAACAAAGUGAUUAUAAUUUAUAAAAUAAAAAAAAGUAAAAUGCCAUCAGCUCAUAGCAAUGAAUUCACAUUAAUUUGGAUCAAUUAAAUUCAGAACUUCAAAAGGAUUUUUUAAAUGUUUUCAAAAGAAUUAUCUUAAGCUCACCAAAACUGCAUUUAUUUCAUAAAAAAUACAGACAAGAGUACUAUUACAGAAAAAUACAGACAAGAGUAUUAUCAAAUAUUAUUAGACUACAAUUUACAACUAUUAGACUAACCGUUGUGCUGCUUAAUAUUUUUGUGCAAACUUUUUUCAGUAUUCCUUGUUGAAUAGAAAGUUCAAAAUAACAGCAUUUAUUUGAAAUGGAAAUGUUUUUAUUUUUAAGAUUAUAAAUAUCUUUACCUUCACUUUUGACUAAAUACAUAAUACAUACUUGCUGAAUAAAAAGUAUAAAGUUUAAAAAAUAUAUAUAUAUAUUUAAUACACUACUCAUAAUUGUUGGUAAUUGAUUUGAGGUAGUUUGUGGUCUGCAAUAGAUGAAGGUUUUUUUGGUCAUCUGUACAUUUUGUUCUACCGAGGAGGUUUUAGAAUUUCUGCAGUAUAGUUCCACUUCAGCAAAAGCAAGAAGUGCACAUUUUGUCUUUUAAAUCCGUCAGGAAUGCCUUGCCCCAUUGUAAGUGCAUUACUGUGAACAUGUUUUUGGACGAGUCAGAAUGAUUGUCUGUGGUAAUCAACAGUAUGUGACAGACUCAUUUUGAUCCCAGAACAUUCCAUUUGUUCAUUUUAGUCGAUCUGUUUCUCAAAAACAGAAAUUGGGAUAAUCUGAAUAAGCCAGUACUUUCAGUAUUACCACUGUGUAAAUGGCAUUGCAGUUUGAAUUAUUUAAACUCAAACUAUUGAUUAAGAUCAGGCUUUUUGCCCAACUGUAUUUUCAUCAUUUCAUAGCAGAAUUUUAUUAUAAUAAUUAUUAUUCCAGGAUGCACUAUUGCUCAUUAAACUGCUGUUGAUUAAAUGGGUGCAGUAUAUUCCUCUGUCUUCAUGCUUUUGAUGUGUUAGAAAAGCAUAAAUUUGUAGUAUUAGACUUGCUAAAACACUGAUCCCUUGGCUAUUUGUACUUCAUUUCAUGCUGAAAUUGUGUUCUUGCCUUUGUGCUAGAUCUAUUUUUGUGUUCAUGUUGCAAACAGGAGCUUCAUUUGCUCCAAGAAAAAGGACACUUCUGUUUGAAGACACUUCACUUGAUCUGCCCUUGUUUUUUUGUUGGAAUGGGUUUUUUGAUUUCGUCUCAUUGGAACUACCUUGACUUGUAGUUAAAAAUCUGCUGACUCUUUAUUUAAGUGACAAUUAAAAAUGAUUACCGUAUGACUGACU